UGACACAGGGAGAAAGAAACAGAAUGAGAACGGGAAGAGGAAUGAAAAUACAUCAAACAUAAAUAAAGCGAAAUCAAAGCAAUAGGAUAGAUUGAGAGAAAGGAGUAAGAAGAAGAGAGAAACUGUGUAAAAAGGGAGAGGGACAGGGAGAGAGAAAGAAGAUAAAAAAUAAAGUAGGGGGAGUUUGCAGUUGACUUGAGAGAGAGGGAAAGGGAGAAAGGGAGAGAGAGAGCGAGAGAGAGACCAGCCGCCGGCCCAUUUAGGAAAGAUGGCUACAGUCACUGCAAACGGAGUGCAGCAAGAGAAUGGAUUCAGCACCACGAACAGCGCCGGCAGGAUGAACGGGCUCACAAUCGGUCAGAACACCAUUCCAAUGAAGGACCACGACGCCAUCAAGCUGUUUAUCGGACAGAUUCCCAGAAACCUGGAGGAGAAAGAUCUGAAGCCCCUUUUUGAGGAAUUCGGAAAGAUAUACGAACUCACUGUGCUGAAAGACAGGUUUACGGGAAUGCAUAAAGGAUGUGCCUUUCUAACGUACUGCGCCAGAGAGUCAGCACUGAAGGCCCAGAGCGCCCUCCAUGAACAGAAGAACUCUGCCAGGGAUGAACCGGCCCAUCCAGGUGAAGCCAGCCGACAGUGAAGGACGAGGAGAAGACAGGAAGCUGUUUGUGGGGAUGCUUGGGAAGCAGCAGAGCGAGGAGGACGUCCGGCGGCUCUUUGAGACCUUCGGCCAGAUCGAGGAGUGCACCGUCCUGAGAGGGCCUGAUGGGGCCAGUAAGGGCUGUGCCUUUGUCAAGUUCUCCAGCCACGCAGAAGCACAGGCGGCCAUCAACAGCCUGCACGGCGGACAGACCAUGCCAGGGGCGUCCUCCAGCCUGGUGGUGAAGUUUGCCGACACGGAYAAGGAGCGGACCCUGCGUAGGAUGCAUCAGAUGGCGGGCCAGCUCGGCAUCUUCAGCCCCAUGACCAUCCAGUUUGGGGCCUAUGGCGCCUACUCUCACGCUAUGAUGCAACAGCAAGCAGCGCUAAUGGCGGCGACCCAGAACUCGUAUCUGAACCCCAUGGCAGCCAUCGCUGCGGCACAAAUGCAGCAAAUGGCAGCUUUCAACAUCAACGGUCUGGUGGCUGCCCCAAUGACACCCUCCUCAGGUACAAAUACACAGUCAGGACUGGACUCCCGUUCUUACCCAACCCUCCCUCCUACGUGCCUCACAGAGUCCUACAGUGACGACCUCUCCAGCAGGCUUCUGCUACUACAGCCCUACCUGCGCACUAUCCGUGCACCAAUCAGUUCAAGCGUUUCACCCGAGCAACCACCAUCAUCCCAGCAACAGAGAGAAGGGCCGGAAGGCUGCAACCUGUUUAUUUACCAUCUGCCCCAGGAGUUUGGAGACGCAGAAUUAAUGCAAAUGUUCCUSCCUUUCGGCAACGUCAUCUCCGCCAAAGUCUUCGUGGACCGGGCGACCAAUCAAAGCAAGUGUUUUGGCUUUGUGAGCUUCGAUAACCCGUCCAGUGCCCAGGGGGCUAUCCAGGCCAUGAAUGGUUUUCAGAUAGGCAUGAAGCGGCUGAAGGUGCAGCUGAAGCGGCCAAAGGAUGCCAACCGACCUUACUCUGACUCCUCUGCGUCCACAUCCAGGUAA